GGAAAAGAAAGAGAGGAAAUAAACCUUAUUGCCACUGCCACAUGUAUGUAUGAGCGAGGGAGUUAAUAAUCUGAAAUUCGAAAGAGACCGUUUUCAUAUGCACGCCAGGUGGUCGAUAAAAUACCUGACAGGAAAAUAGUUGGAAGAAAUGGCAAUGGUGGCUGCAAUGGCCAUGGGAAUGAGACCAACCUCUGGUGUGGUGUUGCUAACAAGGUACAAACCCAAGUGGGUUUUUACUCGUUCGGCUCUUUCUUCUUCUUCUUCUUCAAAGCCUCCGAGAAGAAAACUCAUCCUUUACUCAAAGCCCGAAUGCUGUUUGUGCGAUGGCCUCAAAGAAAAGCUUCAAGCCGCCUUCUUAUUGUCAUCCCAUGAUUCUCUUCACGACGUUCAUUUAGAGAUAAGGGAUAUUACGACCAAUCCUUGCUGGGAAAAGGAGUACCAAUAUGAGAUACCGGUUUUGGCCAAAGUGCUCUCUGAUGGAACUGAGGAAACUCUGCCUCGAUUAUCUCCUCGCCUCGGAGUGGAGCUCGUGCACAAGAAAAUAGCUGAAGCCUUAAAAGAAACCGAUUAGAAUACAAUUUUGUUUUUCUGGGAUUUGUUUCUUGGAUAAGGAGGAUAAUAAUCUUAAUGCAUAUUCAGACUUUGUGGCCUACUAAACUUUGCCUGAAUGACUGAACAACAAUUUGCUCAUCUUUUUUCCUUGUGCCCUGCUAUGUUCUUCAAUAUUUAUGUUUCUACCACAUUUAACAACUUCACUUCAAGUAUAUGCUUUGAGGGGAUUCAUUUUUCUUCCCUUUUUCACCUGUGUUCUUUU